AGCAGCUAGAUUCCCUCAAUCUGUAUUUCUGGCUUCUUCGACUGCUUCACCCACGCGUUUUCAACAACAUAAACAUAAAAACGCUCACCACUGCCGCUGACGGAACCAACAACAACAGCCCAAAAGAGUGCCACAAGCUGAAAAAAAAAAUAGAGAUACUCUGCUUCUGCUUUCUUGAGCAUCGACCAAAGCUAUUACCACUCAGUCUUUUAAUUUAUCUCUGCCAACAAAGACUGCCUUCCUGAACCAAAAAAUCGUGUACUGAAAACUCGAGAGUGUUUGAAAAUCAUCUGUGGCCAACGUCAUCUCGCCGUGAUUUCGUCACAAAUAUCGAAAAUAUAGUUUUUUUUUUUUUGUUAAAAAUUUUCAAAGGAAGGCAUGUCUUUGGUUUUAUGAGUCUGACUAAGUGCGCGACAAAUUACUCGCAAAUCGAUGAACUAAUCUUAAUUUUUUUUUUUUUGAAAAACUCAAAACCUAAAUUACGAGUAUAUCGAUCUGUAGAUACAUUUUUGAAUGCCUGUUCUAAAAAUAUAUUCCCAAAAAAAAAAGAUACUUUUUUUUCCAACUUUUCGAUUCCGUGUAUCUCAAAGAACGGCAGAGGAAAGAAUACUGAAAUAAACAAAAAUUCUUUGGCACACUUCCAGUAAUAUUUUCGUGUCGGUUGUGUAUCCUCAGAAGAAAUAGGGCUAUACCAACAGGUCGUGAGAUAGAUCUGGCGCGAGAGAUAAAUACAAAAAAAAAUAUUAAAUUAGGUGGGGUUCCGCUCUGAAGCUCUCCCAAGGUCUUCGACACGAGUUGUAUAUUAGAAGGAUUUUUUAAAAAAGUGUGACUCAUACCUCUGCUUGUUUGCAAUGUCAAAUUCAUGGAUUGACAGCGGCGAUGGUACCGGUAUCUAUUGCGAUGCGGAUGCUGACAAUAAUUUACUACAGCUAAAGUUGAAAAAACCUAAAGCUUGGAAAUGGGAACUAACGACAUCGAGAUCGUCACCAAAUAUAGCGAUGCCAAGGAUUAUGUUGUUCGAUCAUGAGGGUAAUUUGUUGGUUGAUGCUAAUCAGCAAGUUGAUGAUGCGGUUUAUAGAGCUGAGAAGAAGUUGAGAAAAGCUUCAAGUCGGAAGGCUAAGAAGUUCGAUAAGGCUGCAACGACAAAUUUGGAUGAUAUUUUGCAAGACGAUGAAGAUACUGGUUUGGGUUCAUUGGAUUCGACUGAGAGGCAAUGGUUUAGGACUUUAUCAAAUGACAGUUUACGAUCGAAAAGGAAGCCUUCAAAUUUCUUCAGGAACUCGAAAAAAGGUGAAGAGAAUUCAGGGGGUCCUAAUGAGAUUGACAUUGACUCUUUGCAGAUAUGUGAGGCAACAGCAUCAGAUUCGAAUUCACAAAGUCCUUUACCCAUUUGUGAGAUUAUAGACUCAAGUACGCCGCAAAGCCCCCUGGAAGAUAAUAAAGACUUGGAAGAAGAGCUUAACAUCGAUACACCUUGGAGAAGAAAAUUAAGCCUCAAAACAAAGCAUAUUGAUUCCGACGAUUCCGAAAGACAGCCACCGGUAAAUGUUCCAGUAAUUUUAUCAGAUUCUGAAGGCCCCCCAGAACGACAGUAUAUAUCGAAAGCUUCAUGGAAACCAUUUCACUCAAAUGGUUGUUUGAAUGUUACCCCGUCGAUCGCUAAGCCCUUUGAACGUCGAGCAACAUCAUUCAAAGAAGUUCGUUUCAAUGUUGAUCCAGAAAUGGAGGAGAAAAAUGAAGCACAAAAACCGAAACGGCGUUGUCGGCGGUCUAAUACAAACGGUCUUCCGAAUCUAACCCACUCCCGAUCGAUUCUUGAACGACAAAGUGUAAUGAAAUGUCGAUUGUCGUCUCCUGAAUUUGAAAAAUCCGAAAGUCAGGAAGUUCAAAUGGCACCGAGGUACUUCCUACGAACUUGCAGAGCUGGAACUUUAGUAGUGGCCGAGGAUAGUGGAAAAUAUAAGCGAACACGAAGAAGAACUAGAAAGAUUUCAUCGACGGAGAACUUUCUUAGUAAUUCGAGUUCUUCGUUGAAACAGAAAGGAGGAUUGAAUUCAAGCCUGGGUGAUGUUUGUUCGCAGAGUCAAAGUGUUAAGAAUUUUGGAGAAUACAAUGGAAGUCGUCCUCGUCGGAAAGUGAUACCAAUACGAAGACAUAGAAGUGAUGGAAAUAUUCUUCUAGUGACUUCAUCGGAGGAAGAGAAGAUAGAGAACUGUGAUAGAAUGAAACAUCGAAAGAAUGCAGCAUGGCGGCAUAAAAACGAAGAUGUCAAAAAUAAUGGCGGGUCCAAUAAAUGACAAUAUCCAUACAAAGAAUCAUCACAUUCCGUGACAAUAUAAUAAAAGCAGAAAUCGAUAUUAAAACAACUUAAAAAUAUUUAUGAUUCGUCAAAAAAAAAAAGUAAACUUUUGACGAAUUAGGAAUGUUAAAACAAAAAACAACAUUCAGUGAUGGCCUGAAGACUUGUUAUGAAUAUCAACCGAUACAAGGGCAUUCUAUAGUGUUUCUUAAUGAAUGGUUCUCUUAAUAUGAUGAGACAGAGAUGAAAAAAUCGAUAACGGCAAU